GAGGAAGGACUAGAAUUAUCGUCAUUCGACGAUAACCUUGUCAAUCGAUCAGUCAAUGUCAACCUAUUACUUUUCUUUGACACCGUUCUUAAUGCCGAGAGGCUUCAUAGCACAUUGGAAACACUGGCAAGAUCAGAGCAUUGGAAUAGGAUCAGUGCAGAGAGAAAGAUCCAGGUAAGUCAUAGAUUAAGCUACAAUAACCUAUCUGCUAUAGCGUUAAUUUCACCCAUUGAGUACAUGAAUACCGUGGAAAAUCGCCGAAUAUUAGUGCACCCCAAAGUUGCCAAGCUUCUUGAAAUAACCACUGUGCCGACUGUCCUCGGGACUAUGAAAGAUAUUCAAGACAUACUUUGUCUCUCAGUGAAGGGCUUUGAGAAGCGGCUGGAUAAGCAGCUGGGACUGCACGUCGUCUCUUUCUUGGACGCUACUUCCAUCAUUCUCCGCUGGCAUCAUACGUUAUGCGAUGCUACGGGGAUGAGUUUGAUCGUGCAAGCAUGGACUGCGUUGCUGAGAAGCGAUCCUGGAGGCAUUCCCAAGAUCAUGAAUACCAACGUAGAUCACUUGGCUGAUAUUGGCCGGAACCCACCUGAGCCGCACUAUCUCGAGUCUAAGAGGAUGACUUUCAUGGGAACUAUGGCCAAGUUGGCCUACGAAAAUAUAGGGGGCAUAUUCACCGGGUUCGAAACAAGAGCCGUGUGUCUCCCGGCUGCGUUUCUCAAAAAGUACAGGGCGCACGCGGAGGCCAAUCUAGACUACUCUGGCCAGGGACACAAGCCCGAGUUCCUCAGCGACAGCGACUUGAUAAGUGCAUGGUGGACCCGUUUGCUCAUAUUCUCUCAAACCUCCACGCCAUCAGACGUAUCUGUGGCAAUCAACAACGCAGUCUCCUACCGGUCUGCGCUACAGCCUGAUCCACUUCCCGAAAGCACAAACUUCCUCCCCAACGCGGUAGGCUUUGCAACAGCCAUGAUUACUGCUAAAGACGUUCUGGAAAAGAACGUGAGCUACAUCGCCUGUGCAGUCCGGGACUCAAUUCUGAAAUCGAAAACCAGAGGCCAGGCAGAGGUGUGGGGGGCAUUGCUUCGAAACUCACCGCAGCAGAUGUUCCCUCUGUUUGGUAGCGCGUCCACCUACCUCGUGUUUAUUACGAACUGGUCCAAAUCUAACUUCUUGGCCAUGAACUUUUCUGCCGCAGAAGCGGGAGAUGUAACAAAAGAUAAUAUUGGGCAAGUGGGAAGCGGCUUGCCCCGGAUCCUUGCAGCUUGGCCGACGCCGAAUUUUAUGAAUGGGAUUAUCAUAUUAGGGAAAGAUUCUGUGGGCAAUUACUGGGUGAAUAUUACACUGACGGCGAAACUUUGGAAUAAGUUCGUACCUUUGAUGGAGAAGGAAACU